GAGGCAAGGGAUUUCUUCGAUGCUGAACACUUUAAGAAGUUGUGGCUUGGACAAGGUCGAGAAGAACUUGUUGCGAAAACACUUGCAGCCUCGGGACGUGUUGAUCGCCCUGACUUUUAGCAGCAUGCCUCCUGGCACGUCCCAAGCAAGGAUGAUGACGCUGGCGGCCAAGACCGAUUCGCCCUUACCGCUGCUCUUUGGUUGGGCCCUUCCGGAGGCUCGAGACGCUCGAGGAUUGCAGUUGUGUUCACAGAUCCAUUGGGGUGCUUUCCGAGAACUCUUCUGCAGCCCUGCUUAUCCCUUGGUCAUGUCCGUGGGAACAGAUCGGACAUUGGGGAAGUCGUAUUUGCUGCAGUAUCUCUAUGCCCUUCAAGAAUGUCACUUCCGAGGUCCAGGCCCUACAGGCCCUACUUCCACUCCUUUGAGGAUUCAUUCCAUGCCUUCCAUCGAUUUGAUCGGUGACUUCGCCCGAGAGGAAUGUAUGCGUGGCGUGACCUUGGCCGAUGUGCACGGCUUCAGUGCCCGUGAUCCACUCUGUCGAGCUCUCACGGCCACUCUGCAAAGCUUUUCCUCCAUUUGUCUGCUUCAUGCGUCUCUGAAGACGGAUUUUGAAGAUGACGGAAGACCAAAAGCUCACUUGCAGGAAUUGCUUUCAGUGCUUUCAGCUGCAGAGAACCCUUCCUUUUCGUUGUUGCUCUUGUUGCGAGAUGCGGAGGAUGACCAUGGACCCUCCGAGCAGAGGAGAGUCACUGCUUCGGUGGAAAGCGUGGCUCGACAUGUGGACGCGGAACGUCUGAUGGCGUGGCUGGUGACUCCUUUGGCUUCGCUGGGACCGACAGAACUCACCAACGAAGUGAAAUCUCUCCGCAAAAGCCGAGGAAUUGAAGGCAAGUCUAGCUCUGAAGGCAUGUCUUUGGAAGAAGCUUUGGCAGCUGCCCCCAAAUCCACCAAGAAGUUCCCACCAAUGCCCCUGCUCCAACAACGUUACAUGCACUUUGCGGAGCGCUUCUCUCAGAAGGCUCAGACAAGCACGGCAUCGAAGGAGAAAGGUGCUUUAGCGCAGCGCGUCUUAGCGGAGUUGGAUCCCGGCACAUCUUGUGAAGGUCUUCUGGGCAAAUUGUUUCCCGUGGCUCAAAGUCAUCAGCAGCUGACGCUUUUGAUCCAAGAGAAGGUACGAUGCCUGGGCCGAGGCCGGGAAUAUUUGGAGCCCGAAGAAAGACGGCUGCUGGAGAGCAAUGUGGAUUCCAUCGACCGGGAGAUCGCGCGUCUUCGCUCCGAACGCCAAAGAGCACCCCCUCAUGCGCUCUUGAGGACCUUUGCGCAGCUGGUGCUCACAGGUGACAUCGGGCUGAUCGUGGAGUUUGGGGCCUGUUUGAAUGAAUGGAAGCAGUCGAAGCGAGCGCCGCUCCUGGAGCGGAAGUUGGCGAUGCGGAAGGAGUUGGAUCGGCUCAUGGAGACGCCCAAAGCUGAAAAGAUCGAGGCCUUGCGUGCUGACCUGGCUACUUUGCAGAAGCGCUUGGAUGAGGUGGAUGUCUCCACAGACUCCUUUUGGCUUGAGCUGAUGCUGUGGCACGAGCUGGAACGCACGGGCGUCAGGGCGGGGCUCAAGGAGAUCCACGAGCGUCUCAGCUUUGCAGGCGCCAAAUCCUGCUACCUCAACUGGGUCAAGAGUGGAAAUCCGUUGCAUUUCCUCCACUCUGCCCCCUUGCAAUUCGGCGCCUUUGAACCUUUGAGGUGGCAUCCGCAGCUCAGCGGUGCCUCCUUCUUCGGCUCAGACUUCAUCGGAGAUGUCCUGCGAGAACUGGAUCGAGAUUUGGGGGUAGACGUACGGCGGCGUCCGUUGCUGGUGAUCUCAGUGAUCGGAGUGCAGAGCAGUGGCAAGAGCACUCUGAUGAACUAUUUGUUUGGCUGCUCCUUUGCCACCCAUGUAGGCCGUUGCACAAAGGGUUUGUACAUCUCUCUGCUGGAGACGCGGCACGCUCUGCUGGUGAUCUUAGACACGGAGGGUUUGCUUUCCGUCGAGGCACGGGACGAUGUCUUCGACAAGCAGGUGGCACUGAUGACCAUGGCCUGCUCGGACCUGGUCAUCGUCAACAACCGAGGGGAGCUCGGCAGGCAUGUGGGGGACUUGUUCCAGGUCUGCUUGUUUGCGCUGUAUCAUUUGAAGUUGGCACGGAUAUCUCCUGCCAUCGGCUUUGUCUUGCAGUGCUUGAGCAUGGUAAACCAACAGCAGCAGUACGAAUGGGUGGCGACGGUGAAGCGAUCCUUGGAGGAUUCGGUCCAAGAGUUGCAGCAGAAGGAAAAGCCCCACUCCUUCAAGUUGCAGGAUCUAGUCUUUUUAGACUCUGAGAGCAUCUUUGUGAUGCCUAGCGCCUUCAACGAUGACGUGCAGUUUGGAUUGCAGGUCUCCAGACCGACGAACUUGUAUGCCUUGAAGGCACUCCAACUGCGUGAAAAGGUCUUCCAAUGGAUCGCUAGGGCCAAAGCGUCCCAGAAGCAACGUGUUCUCGAGAUGGACGAUGAUGCCAAGAGCUCCGCCUCGGGCUCCGUCUUUGCUUCCUUGUCUCAGUGGUAUGACCACGCCCGCACCGUUUGGCAGACGCUUUCCAUGUGCGGCACGGACUUGUUGCAAUUCCGCACCAUGAGGCAAGUCUUGAUGGCGCAGCAGCUGCAAGAGUUCUGUGACGCUUUGGUCCAGAAGCAUGUGGAUGGCAAGAUGAACACAGAAAGUGAACACCUCAUUCAGCGCUACACCAAGGAGCUCCGAUCGGCCACCGCAACCGGGGAGGUCCACGCGAUCGACAACGCUUUCCGCGGGCAGUUGGACGGUCUACGGGAUGCCGUGCUGCAGGAGAUGCAACACGACUUCGACGACUUCGUGCGCUCCCACGACAGCAAAUUCACCGAUGAGCAAGUGAAGAGCGACAAGCGCUUCUCCUUGAUGGGUCCAAUGAGACGAAAAUAUGCCUCGGUGGAUUCGCUCUGGCGAUCUGCGGUGCAUUUGGUACUUGAGCAGAAUUCCAUGGACCACCUCUUUGAGGAGAUCUCUGCCAAAGUGAAUGAUCUGCUUCUGGAGCAAGGCUCGCAUGUGAACGUGCAGAACGUGGAGCGGGUGUUCGAAGAGAAGUGGAGCCAAGUCAUGGCCGAAGCCCUUCGGAAGCAGCGCCCGAGCCUCGAGCGAGUGAUCCAAGAGGUGGUGUCUCACUUCAACGCGGCACUGUUGAACUUGAAGUCCCAGUUCCGCAAGGCUCACAUCUUCCAUGGAGUGAAGAGCUUGACCAGCGACUUGCGGGAGAUGUCGGAGGUCUCUUCAUCCUUUUUGAUGGCCAAGAAAGGCAUCGGUGCAGCACUGGUGCCGCUGAUGCCAUCUGGGAACCCCGGAAGCGCUACGACACAGGUGGACAACUUGUGGCUCAAGUUGGUUGAUACGAUGCGGCUGGAGGUGGAUCAGCAAGGGCAAAUGUCUGAUGCCACAGCUUUGAAGAUCCUGAACCGUUUGAACACAGAGAUGGAGGCAGCCGAUCAGCUGCGUCAACUGUUGCAUCGACUGGGCUCCACCUUUGUGCAAAAGUUGGUUUAUGAAAUGGCGAAGGCUACCAUCCAUUACCGCUUUCAGAUCGAGCAGCAGAACUUUCAGAGCCGAGUGAAUGAGAUCAUGGGCAAAAAGAAGCAAAAACUUUGGGAAAUCCAGGCUCGAGUGGAUAGCGGAAAGCGUGAGGUUCACUGUGCGAAAGUCUGGGCAAAGACCUUCGUGGACACUCUGGACCAGCACUUCCGCAAUGCCGUGGGCCGGAUGGCACAGGAGGUGGUGUCACACAUGUCGAAGAUCCUGACGAACCCGGGCAGUGCUUGCGAGCAAGCCAUCGAGCGCUCCUUCACGCGUCGCAACUGGAGGCACGUGGUGAUGUAUGCCAUCGACCCCACGCAGUACUUGUUCAUGGAAUUCCACAAGGAGUGGGAAGCCUUCAAGCAAGGCCUCGUGGAUAAGUAUUGCCAAGAGCUGAAGAACAACUUCGGCAGCUGCCUCCGGGUGGCCGAAGAGAAGAUGCGAGACUUGCUGGAUGAUCACGCCUUGGAAGGCGUGCCGGAUCUCACCAUGAACAAACUAUCGCAAGUGCUCAAAGAGGCAUGUGCACAGAUUGCAGAUGAGUCACUUUCAUCUGUCCUUUGCUCCUGUUUGCCAUCCUUUCAAAGCGAUGCUGACUGGACUCUGAACCACUUCAGUCAGUUCGUGCGCUUCUGCUCCAUGGAGCUUCAGCGCUACCGGGGGAACAUGCGGCAGACGGAGCUCUCGGUGGAGCGGCGCAUGGAGUCCGAGCUCACGCGGCAGAAGGGCGACUUCUGGAAAUGCAUCUCCGGCUGCCCGGCCAGGUGCCCUGGCUGCGGGACCAAAUGCAACCUUGAGAACGAAAAUCACUGGCCGGAGAGGCCUCAUGAGUGCCGGAGGCAUGUCUACCCGGCCUUCAAUGGUUGGCAAAAGCAAGAAGGUCGAAAGCCGUUCCUGUUGCACUGCCGUGCUCGCGCGCAGUGGCAAAUCGCGCGCACUCGGCCGCCAAUUGAAGCAGGAGGCCCUGAACGAUUCUGGGAGAACUUCCAGGCGAUGUUGGAAGACGAACAUCCUGACUGGUUGGACCCGGUGACUCGAUUCCCUUUGGCUUCGAUGGAGCCUUUGGAAGAAUACGAGGAAGACUGCGAUUCGGCCCCCGAAGAGAUCCAGAGGGAGAUCGACGAAAACCGACGCGCUUGGGCCAACUGCAAGGAUGCUCUGCUGGAGCACUUCACGUCUAUGGCCGAUGAUCCAGACAUUCCAUGGCUGGAGAAGUACAAGAGGGAAGGAGGUGCUCUGAAGAAGGAGGACUUUGUGUCGAUUCGUGACGAGCUCUUUGCCGUGACUCCCUUGGAGUCUUUGGAAGCCAUGGAUAGCAUGAUUGCAUUGGACGACCCAUUGGACGAAUCCGUUUAUUGAUGCGGACACGCAACAUGUGAGCGAAAAGAACGCCAAGCUCUGCCAUCAUUGCGUUGCAAUGAGACGGCCUGUACAGUAGAGAUGUUUAUAGCCAUAGUGGAAAGAUGUACAAAGACAGCCUCGUUAUGUCAACUUCGGCUAGUGCCCACUGGAAGCCUCACUGGGUAUGCCUUCUGUUGACCAGAUAGAGGGGUUUAGCUCUUUGAUGUGUGCAUCCAGGUGGCCGAGGAGCUCCGAGGGAAGAAGGUGGUCGCUAUAGGAAUUGACAGGGACA